AUGCUGUUAACUGACUUUGUGUUGCACAAGAGCUUCACGUCGUCUGAAUUCGACGGUGUUAUUACCAUGGAGAUCGGUGCUGGCACAGGGUUGGUAGGGUUGGCACAAGCUCGAGUUGCUAGAAGGAUUUUCAUUACAGAUAGAGGCAAUCAUAUCCUCGAUAAUUGCUUGGCUAAUGUCCGUCUCAACUCUAGCAUGCUAAAGUUUGAUGAAGCUAAAGUCCAUGUACGGGAACUGGACUGGAAAAUGUCAUGGCCUCCGCCAGUGGGUACACAUGAUGCAUCUGAUCCAAGUUCGAUAUACUCAUGGUCUUCAAGUGAAAUCGAGGAGGCUGAGCAAGCCACCCUGCUAUUCGCUGCAGAUGUUAUUUACAGUGACAAUCUGACCGAUAUGUUCUUCGACGCAGUGAGGCAGCUUAUGUCACGUGGUGCCAAGAAGGUGUUGUACUUGACCCUGGAGAAGAGGUACAACUUCAGCCUGGACGAACUAGACGUCGUGCCCAAUGGUUACAAGCAUUUUCGAAGCUUCUUCGCGGUUCAAGAUGUGUCUCCAGGAUGUGGAGGCAAGGACAAUGCUACAUCGAAACCAGGCCUUGUGGGGGAGCAGGUAGACCUUGCGAGGGUUCCUCAGUACAUCAGAGAAUACAACAGAGGCAAGGAUCUGGAGAUGUGGAAGCUCAUGUAUUGGCCAGACUAA